GUCUAUAUUGUGUUGUUAAAUUUCAGCAAAAAUAAGAAGAGCAUACAAGGUCCAAAAAUUUUACACUUGGAAUAGAAAGUUUAUUUUUUUUAAUUAAUAUAAACAAGAAUGAUUUGCCGCUUAUGUUUACAAGAAAGUUGUGAUUUUAAAAGUGCAUUUGACUCGGCAGACAAUGAACGGACUAUCGCUUCAAUUAUUGAAAAGUAUUUCUGGUUUGAGUUCCAGCAAAACGAUCCAGUAUCAACAGUGAUUUGUAACAAUUGUUGGCUUAAAGUUUCUGACUUUCAUGAAUUCUAUAAAAGUGUUGAAGAGGCCCAAAGUCAUCUGGGCGAAAAUGUCGUAGUGAAAAUUGAAAAUAUUAGUGUGGAGCAUUCCAUAGAAAAUGUAAUAGUUCAGUCGAUCCCUUUUUCUAGCAAGCAAGAGCCCAACGAUUUUGCAGAAGCCAAUGAUGAGGACCCUUUUGAUAUGCCAAUAGAUAGAGUAGAUAAUAAUCCGUCAUCAUUACUAAAGGGAAAAGAUUCCAAUGAUAAAUUAAGGAGACAAACUUAUGGUAUUAAUUCUAUGGAAACGGUUGAGAAUGUCGGUGAUGACAAAGACGAAAAAUCUAGUGGUCAUAACGGCAGAAAAGCAGCAGUUAAGAAGUCUUUGAAAAAGAAAAAGCCCAUAAAAUCUGCCACAACGGGUAGAACUAAAAAAAAUCCUAUGCCUAAAUUACAACGGAAUGUAAACUUAUGCUUAACGAAAAAUACAAGAAAGUUGGGCAAAACUGAAAACAACAACUCAAAAAAAGAAAAAGUCAAAAAACCGAUUGAAGAUCCGAAAAGUAUAGCUUUCGAUGAAGAGAUAGCUAAGUUUAUGUCGUUACAUUGUGAUCGGUGCAAAUUAGAGGCCAAGAAUUUUAAUGCUCUGCACAGUCAUAUGCUCGCAGAGCAUAACGUUAAAGGUUACGCAAGAUGUUGCAAUAGGAGAUUUUCUUCACGCUUUUUAUUACUUGAUCAUAUACGCCGACAUUCUAAUCCUGACAGUCUGAAAUGCGAGCCAUGUAAUCGUAUUUUUGCCGAUCGCAAUUCUCUGCGCCACCAUUUACAAAUCAAACAUCAAAAAGAUGAAGAUAAAAUGUUUUCCUGCUCUCGAUGUCCAAAAAAGUUUGUUAAAAUGUAUUUGUUGCGACAACAUGAGCUUGUCGGCCAUAGCGAUCAUAAAAACGCUUGUCUGGCUGUUGAUGAAGAGAUAGCCAAGUUUAUGUCGCUGCAUUGUGAACAAUGCAAUGAAGAGGCGACCAACUUUACAGCCCUUAAUCGGCAUAUGCGUGCUGAACACAACGUGCGAGGCUACGUCAGAUGUUGUAAUAGGAAAUUUCGUGAGCGUGGUUUGCUUGUUGAGCACAUACGCGCACAUUUAAAUCCUGCUUGUUACAAAUGUGAGGAGUGUAGUCUCGUUUUUCCGGACCGUAAGUCGAUGCGUAAUCAUUUUCUUAUGAUUCAUCAAAAGGAGGAAGACAAACCUUUUGCUUGUUCUCAGUGUUCCAACAAAUUUGUUACAGUAUACUUGUUACAAUUACAUAAAGUGGUUGCUCAUGGCGACCCUACAAAUACUUGCAAAAGCUGUAGCAGAAAGUAA